GACAUGUUUCAUAUAUAUAUACAAUACAUCUUGAUCAUAUCCAACCUUUCCUCCCACUGCCUCCAACACAUCCCCAUCCCAUCUUCAUGUCCUUCAGAAAAAUGAUUCACUGAGUCUGAUUAGUGCUGCCUGUCUGUGCAUGGGUGUGGAGUCAUCUGCUAGAGCAAGGCUGCCCCUUCCCCACAGCUGUCACCUAGCUCCUCAGCCGGGGUGAAGCCUCAUGAACUUUACCACACUCCUGCUUCCAUGUUUGGAUCUCGAAUGGCUUGUUCUUGUAUAAAUCUUGUGCAAGGAGCGGUAGCCGCUGUGAGCUCAUGAGUGCAAUUGUCAUGUCAUGUCCAGAAGAGAGCAUCUCACAGCACUUCUCCCCAUCCCCCAGUUCUUAUACCCCCCCCUUUUCUGAGAUAGGAUCUCACAUAGCCUAAGUUGACCUUGAACUUGCCUUGUAGUCAAGGCAACUGGCCUUAAACUCUCUGUACUUUGCCUGUGUUGUAAUUACAGGGAUGCAUCACCACGCUUGAAUGUGGUGGGAGAAAUAACCCUUGAAGAAGUGAGAUGAGAUGUAAGAGGUGGGGAGAAUGGGCGCUAGUUGGACAGGAUACAGGAGACAGUAGGUAAACAGGACUCAGGAGUGUACUAGGUAAACAGCACAUGAAAGGGCCCUGUGGUUGCCAGGAACACAGCAAGUCCAGUCCCUAAAACAAAGCUAAUGUGUUUGAAGUAAGGUGGAAUGUGAUAAGGAAUAAGACUAGGAACAGAACUGAGAGUCUGAGAUCUAGGAUUACCCCGUAGAUCAUAGUGAAGAGAAGGUCUUUAGAGUUCAGUGGUUUUGCCCAACAGUAGUAUGCUGAACCACUAGAGAGCAUUUGGGAUUCUUGUGGUACAGGCAUUUAGAGGCAGAGGGAUGCUCCAGGCUUGAGUCCGUAGAUGACUAUAGAUGACUCCUUCUUCUUCCUCAGGUGAGUGGGAUUGGCCCUUAUUGACACCCAGGGCUCUGGCUGCAGGCAUCUCCAUGGCUUUGGCAGCCUCCACCAGUUCCUUGGGUUGCUAUGCCCUGUGUGGCCAGCUGUUGCAUUUGUCUCCUCCACCACCACACGCCUGCAGUCGAGGGCUGAGCCUGGAGGGGCUGGGCAGUGUGCUGGCAGGACUGCUGGGGAGCCCCCUGGGCACUUCAUCCAGCUUCCCUAACGUAGGCACAGUGAGUCUUUUCCAGACUGGUUCUCGGCAAGUAGCCCACCUGGUGGGGCUAUUCUGCGUGGGUCUUGGGCUCUCCCCAAGGCUGGCUCAGUUAUUCAUCAACAUCCCACUGCCCGUGCUUGGUGGGGUACUGGGAGUGACCCAGGCUGUAGUUCUGUCUGCUGGCUUCUCCAGCUUCCACCUGGCUGACAUUGACUCUGGGCGAAAUGUCUUCAUUGUGGGCUUCUCCAUCUUUAUGGCCUUGCUUCUGCCAAGGUGGCUCUGGGAAGCCCCAGAGUUCAACACAGGCUGGAGCCCCUUGGAUAUGUUCCUGCGUUCUUUGUUGGCAGAACCCAUUUUUCUAGCGGGUCUUUUGGGCUUUCUUCUAGAAAACACCAUUUCUGGUACACGGAUUGAGCGAGGCCUAGGUCAACGGCUGCCAACUUCUUUCACUGCCCAAGAAACUCAGAAGUCCAGGGAGAAGGCUGCUCAAGAGUAUGGGCUUCCUUUACCCAUCACAAACCUGUGUUCCCACAUCCCACAGCCUCUCCAUUGCCUCUGUCCAAUGCCUGAAGACUCUGAGGAUGAGGAAGGAGGGCCCUCUAAAACAGGAGAGAUGGCCGACUUGUUGCCUAACUCUGAGGAGUCAUGCCCCGCAGCUAGCAGAGAAGCAGUUAGGUCCCAGUAAUUACCACGAGCACCAUUUUUGUCUUCAUCAGUCUAGCAGUAACUCCCAGUUUGCUGGAGUCUCACCUGACUGGUGAGAAGGUGUUUGUGGCCCAUCUAGAUGCGCCGUUUCCCAAUAGAAUGGGAUGCCUUUCCUUCUCUUAGGCUAACGUGUUCAGAAGCGGGGGCCAUGGGUUUAGUGGGUCAUUAAGCGAAUAAAUGAGAUUUUUUUUUGCCUGUGAACUGCCAAUGCCACUUGAAUGUACUAGCAUUCAAUUAUAUUGAGUGCGUCCCACGACCAAGGUCCUGCACCUGCAGUUAUGAAUAUGACAGGGUCCCUGCAUUUAAGAUUUAAAUUAGUAGCUAAAAUGUGCAGCAGGAGAUAGUCUAUAA